AUGCGCUUCACCACUCUGACCUACCUCGCAACCCUCCUCUCCCUCACCACCGCCAUCCCAGUCGUACACGACAGCAGCUCAACAACACCAUCCCCCACAGCCACCACCAAGCCCUCGGGAACGGCGUCUGCAUCAGCUUCGGCCUCGGCAUCCUCCUCUCUCGCGCCGUACUCCUGCCCCAAGCACACGUACAAGCAAUGCUGUCAGAGUCUGGAACAGACGUCUCACGAAGUGAUUAAGCCGCUGGGUUCGCUGGUCCCGAUUCUGAGCGGAGUGCAGGUCGGCUCGGCACUAUCUUUCCAAUGUAAACCAAUGGGCGAGAAUGAUGCGCCCGAUUCUUGUGAUGCUCAUGACUAUACCCCCAUGUGUUGCAGCAACAAGGGCUCGGGCACUAUCAACUCCUGCAAGUCGUUCGCCAAAUCCAAGGAGGAGUACUACAAGAAGAUGAUGCAUAAGCAGAGCCAAGCCGAUAUGAUCAAUGAGGUUGCCUCAUGA